AUUGUAUAUUUUGUCUGCCACAUCGGCUUUGAGUGCCUUAAAAUGCGCCCAUUCAGGGAUUUAGAGACUCAGAGUUUUGGAGUUUUUUAAAAUAUGUUUUGUUUAUUGAAUUUAGCUGGGCUGCAUCUUUUCAUCGUCUGCUUCAUCCUUAAUAUCGCAUCCUGACUUCUUAAUUCGGCUCUUGAAUACAUUUUUCAACCAUGUUAAGAGUUUAUAUACUUUGUUCAAGCAUUCAUUCUGCAAAUAUGUCUGGUAAAGAUGUGAAAUGCGGAUCACACUUAAAGAGUAUUGAUGAAUUGACUGGGUACCCGCUGUUUCCAACGGGGACAAAAUCCUUGAUGGCCCGGUUUAACACCCGCGAAAUCUGGAAAAAAUAUCACGAUAAAAAAGACGCUUAUGGUUUGCCUUACAAGCUCUGUGUUUUCUCCGGAAUCAAGAAUCUCGACUCUGGGGUUGGCGUGUACGCUUCCUCUCACGAUAGUUACCGAACUUUUUCCGAACUCAUGGACCAGGUGAUCGAGGCUUAUCACAAACACAAGCCUGGUGACAAACACAUAUCAGAUAUGGACGCAAACAAGCUCAAAUGUCCACUACUUCCUCCAGAUGAAGCCAAGAUGAUUGUGUCGACUCGUAUCAGAGUUAGUAGAAAUCUGGAGGGCUAUCCACUUGCCCCUGGGGUAACAAAAGAACAGCGAGAUGAAAUUAUGGGAAAGGUGGUUCGUGCUUGUGACACAUUCACAGGAGAUCUGAAAGGAGCUUUUUAUCCCUUGGAAGAAAUGGCUGAAAAAACACGGAAGAAGUUGAUUGCUGAUCAUUUUCUUUUCAAGGAAGGGGACAGGUUUCUGGAGGCGUGUGGGUGCAACAGGGACUGGCCAUCUGGCCGUGGCAUCUUCUACAAUGCUAAGAAAACAUUUUUGGUUUGGGUAAAUGAAGAAGAUCAACUCCGUAUCAUUUCCAUGCAACAGGGAUCUGACUUUAGUGCUGUGUUUAAACGCCUUAGCCGAGCAAUCAAUCAUAUCGAGUCAGUGGCUACGUUCUCUUAUGAUGACCAUCUUGGUUAUAUUACGUCAUGUCCUACAAACCUUGGAACCGCACUCCGAGCAUCGGUUCAUAUCAAGCUACCCAAGCUAUCGGCGCGCAAAGAUGAAUUCCAAGCCAUUGCUGACAAGUUCCACGUUCAAAUCCGUGGAACACACGGGGAACACUCGAAGAACGAGGGCGGCAUUUAUGAUAUAUCAAACAAACGUCGAUUGGGAAGAACUGAAGUACAGCUAGUUCAGGAUAUGUAUAACGGUGUUAAGGCAAUGAUCGCGCGAGAAAAAGAAUUGUGAAUGAUUUGGGACUGUAAAUCAAUCUCCCGGGACUAAACCAACGUUUAUUUAAAGACUGCCAGUACAAUUAUUUUAAGAAACU